ACCUACGCGCCGCCAAGUCGCGGGCUUUUAUAUAAAAGCAUCUGCGGAUACGUUUCUAGCAUCACUUUGGUAUCGUCCUUGCCACGAGUAUCGUCUGGUUCAAUCACUCGAGAUUAAUUUCCCAACAGUCGUUGUGAUUUAUCGGUCAUACACCAAAGGUACACAGAAAAUGCAGAAGGGACUGGCGAUGACGUGGACAAUCCUUGCUGCGCUCGUAGCCAUCGGCAUUCUGGCCGCGGUGGAGGCAGCGCCGUACCCUCAAGAACGAGCACUUUAUCUCGAUCAGCUUGAAGAGGAUCCCGAGAAAAUGUACGAAGUCCUGACGAAGUUGAACAGAUACCUACAACAGCAAGACAAUGAAAAACGAGGUGGAUUCGGCCUCGAUUUUGGAUUGAACCGCGGCUUCAGUGGUGCCCAGGCAGCAAAACACCUGAUGGGAAUGGCAGCGGCGAAUUACGCUGGUGGUCCGGGUCGAAGGCGCCGAUCAAAUCAGGCGUAAAUGCAUUAACUCCUUAGUCUGUCCUCAGAAGAAAAAAAAAAAGUAAAUGAACAAAAAAAUAAAAAACACAACCCCGCGAAAUUUUUACGUUCACGACUACUUUCAUUCCGCAUGAAGAAUUACUCU